UCUUCAGCCUCCAGCAGCCAGUGUAGAGUGUGCUACCACGCCUGAAUCUGCAAUAACAAAAAGAGGCUGCACAGCCUCUGGGGGCCAGGGGCCUGAACAGGUGUUCACUUCCUUCCCUUUUUAAGACAUGAAUAAACUUGGGGGUAGUGUAGUCUGUGGUUCAACUUUUGUUGUACAUUUCCAUAACUGAAAUUUUCUUUCAUCAUAAUGAAAGAUUUGGAUAUCCAGAAGUGACAAAUUCCUCAGAAUUUCAGAUACCUCAAAGUCCUUCUUCCUUGGAUGAAUGCCAUCAUUUUCCCCCCUCUUGUCUUGGACAGCAACUCAGGUAAAAUGAGUCUGGCUUCUUCUGAAUCAAACCUAGAUCAAAUGGAACAGAAAGGAGAGGAGCCUGGGAGCUCAUCAGAAAGCAUGAAACAGUCUUCUUCUCGAAGCAGGAGGAAGCCCACCAAUGUAACAAAGCACACAGAACAGAAAGAAUCUGACGCCUUGACUAGUAGCGAAAACGAAGGUGCCACUUCUGACAGUAACACAGGUAGCGGAUCUAAAGGCACGUUAGUGAUGAAACCGAUUGGGAAUGAAAGCAAAGGUGCCAUGAAGCUCAGAGUGGAUUUCAAACAGAAAAAAACAGAUGAUACUCUGGAGAAGAAGGUCAACUGCACAGCCUGCGGAAAACAAGUAAACCAGUUUCAGCGUAACUCUGUGUACGAGCAUCCUAUGCUCAAAGUACUCAUUUGCAAGUCAUGUUUCAAGUACUACACAAGCGAUGACAUCGGCCGGGAUUCUGAUGGGAUGGAUGAGCAAUGCAGAUGGUGUGCUGAGGGUGGGAAGCUAAUCUGCUGUGACUACUGCAACAACGCUUUCUGCAAAAAGUGCAUUCUGCGCAACCUGGGCAGGAAGGAACUGUCCAGCAUCACGGAUGAGAACUCCAAGUGGCACUGCUACGUGUGCCGGUCCGAGCCCCUCCAGGAUCUGGUCUCUAACUGCCACAGCAUCAUGCAGAGGAAAGAAGAAGUGGAAAUGAAGCAACGAAAAACUGAUAAAGCUGAGGAGCGUGAAGAGAAAAAGAAAGAGAAGAAGAAAUCCUCCAAGGAACAGAAAGCAAUUGCAAAUGGAAAAGAACACAGUGAAGGCUUGGGGACCAUGACUUUCUCCUAUAAAAAUUUGCAGAUACCCAAAGAUCUAAUCAAGAAGACAAAGAAGCUUGUUGAAACUACAACCGGGUUAAAUAACACUUUCAUUCAGUUCAUCCAGCAGGCGACCGACGACCAGGCAGACACUACCAUCAGGUAUCGACAUUUGAAAGCCUUCAAGGCUGUGCUCUCAGAUCUGAGGAAAGCCCACAAUGCCUUGGAGGAGGCUUUGAAGCCCGAGUUCAGAAACAUGGAGCUGCAGAAUGGUACUGAAGGGCAACAUGCGAGAAAGACUGGCAAUGUUGUGGAACCUGCAGAAAACAAUGAGAUGGAUUGUUCUGCAGAUUCACUUCCUGGUGAGGACAGAGAGCAGUAUAAUGAAGUCAAGCCAAUUUGUGACACAGAAGAAAUGAAGGAGACUAAGCAGUCACCUGAUGAGAAUGAUUUAAUUUGUAAAUCUGACAAAACCAAAAAGGUGUCAAAGGACCAGGAUAAUAUAGCAGAUUUAGUUUGUAAAGCUGAAACGGGGGAGACGGUUGAAGAGCUGCCUAAUGAAAUAGAGGUUUCAACAAAAGAGUCGCUCAAAAAGCCGUCUAUUGAAACAGAUCCAGUUGAUGAAGCAGAAUCGAUGGACGAAGGGGUGAAAGAGUUGGAUAACCAGCAGGUCAUGAAGUCAAAAGACGAAGUGUCCAAUAAGCCUGAAAUGGAAGACCACCAAACAGAAACAAACAUCCCCAAAAAGAUAAUUAAAAGCGAGGUCUUUGACAGUGAGCCAGUGUCGACUGCUGAAACAUCCCUAGAUCACGACAUUAUGUCUGUUCCUCCUUCAGUCCCUGAGGAGCUUUUCCAGAUGGUGGAGAGCCUCGCUGAUUCCUCCAUGCUCUCACAGUCCAAUACCAGUUCAGUGAAAGAGGUGGAUACGAAGUCAAAUGAACAUCCUCCAGAAACCCAAUGCCCCCAACCCAGAGUUAAGAACCUGAUAGUCAAACUGACUCCUGUACCAGUUAUCAAAAGGAGCAGUUCUAGGUCAAAGGACAAAGAAAAGGAUGCAGAAGAACCGAGCAAGAGUAAGGACAAAGAUGAUGAUAAGAAAGACUCUGAUUCUAGUCGAGCAGAAGAAGCCGACAGCCCACCACCAACCCGCCGCUCCAGUAGGGUGAAGACCACUCCUUUAAGGAAGCAAGGAGAAAAUAAAAGCAAGAAGGACUCCUCUGAGUCAGAAUCUGAUGGCGACGCCAAGGCCAAGCCAUCAAAGAAAUCCAGUAACACUAAAAACGAGACCAAAAGUUCAGAGAAAACAUCAGAGGACUCUGACUCAGACGAAGUUCCUCCUGCUCUACUGGAGAAAGCUGCAACAGGCAACAGCAGCACAGACGAGGAACAGGAAAGCACAACGGCGAAAAAGCAUCUCUUCAAAUCAGACAUGUCCUCAAAGGACACAGAGAAGCUAACCAAACGCAAACGCAAGUCCGAAAGCUCAAGUUCAGAUGCAGAGAGUAAAGACAAGAAGACGUCCAAGAAAAAGAAGCAAGCCGGUUCGGACAACUCGUACUCUGAUUCAGAUGGAGAGAGUAAAAACAACAGGACAUCCAAGAAGAAGAAGAAGAAGCAAGCCAGUUCGGACAACUCGUACUCUGAUUCAGAUGGAGAGAGUAAAAACAACAGGACAUCCAAGAAGAAGAAGAAGAAGCAAGCCAGUUCGGACAACUCGGACUCGGAUUCAGAUGGAGAGAGUAAAAACAAGAGGACAUCCAAGAAGAAGAAACAAGCCGGCUCGGACAACUCAGACUCCGACUCAGAUGUGGAGAGUAAGAGCAAAGCAGUCACAGCUAGAAGGAGGUCUAGCCGCGUCAAGAAACAGGAGAACUCCAAGGGCAAUGAAAAAGACUUGUCUGACAAGAAGCAGAAGCGAUCUUAUGAAAAGAAGCGGAAGGGAAAGAGCCCAAAAGCUGCCUCCAAGCUACAGUCUUCAUCCGAGGAAGAAGAGGAAGAAGAGGAGACUGGAGGCGACUCCGGAGAGGAUAGUGACCAGCAAAAGAUCAAGCCCAUUGUGGAGGAUAAUGUACUUGGAGGCAGUGGAGUCUUGAAUCAGUCCUCAGGAGACGAGGUAGACACUAAAGGUGAUUCUCAAGUUUUUGAAGACGACGACGACGACCCCGAAAACAGGAUUGCAAAGAAAAUGCUUCUUGCGCAAAUAAAGUCCAGUUACUCUUCAGGAGCAGAAAGCUCCUCUGACAAUGAAGAGGAAGACACGAAAAAGAAAACCUCCAAGAAAGCUAAAAAAGAAAAAGAGGAUGACGAAGAGGAGCAAGAUGAUGAAUUUACAGAAGACUCCGAGUCUGACGUUGAUGUGAAGAAGCGCGGCGGUCGGCACAAAUUGCUCCGUCAUAAGCUGUCCUUGAGUGAGGGUGAAUCUGGAGACUCGAGCAAGGAGAAGAAGAGCAAGGGCAGCAAGAAAAAGUCUUCACGUAAAGUUGGCAGCGACGACUCUGAAGACUCAGACUUUGAGAAGUCAGCGUCUGGUUCUGCCUCGGGGAUGAGCGAGGAGGUCAGUGACUCAGAGGUGGACAGCAAGCGUCGAAAGACCAGAUCAGCAAAGAAGAAAGAAGAUGAGAAUCAGAGGAGCUACAAGCAGCAGAAAAAGAAGCGACGUAGAAUCAAAGUUCAGGACGACUCCUCAAGCAAUAAUGAGAAGAGCGGAGAGGAAGAUGAUGAGGAUCAAGAUGGAGAGGGGCGCAAAGGCCGGAAAAAGAUCCGCAAAAUCCUCAAGGACGACAACUUGAGGACGGAGACGAGAGAUGCUCUGAAGGAGGAAGAGGAGAGGAGGAAACGUAUCGCUGAGAGGGAGGCGCUCAGGGAGAAACUCAGAGAGGUGGUUGUAGUAGAAGAAGCCUCCCAGGUGGCCUGCCCCAUCACCACCAAGCUGGUCCUGGAUGAAGACGAAGAAACCAAGGAGCCGCUGGUCCAGGUGCACAAGAGCCUCGUCACAAAGCUCAAGCCUCAUCAGGUGGACGGUGUUCAGUUUAUCUGGGACUGUUGCUGCGAGUCUGUGAAAAAGAUUCAGAAGUCUGCAGGCUCUGGCUGCAUCCUGGCUCAUUGCAUGGGUCUAGGAAAAACUCUACAAGUGGUGACAUUCCUCCACACCCUGCUGCUUUGUGAAAAGCUCGACUUCAGCACAGCUUUAGUGGUUUGUCCCCUCAACACUGUUCUUAACUGGCUCAAUGAGUUUGAGAAAUGGCAGGUGGGACUGAAGGAUGAGGAGAGCCUCGAGGUAACAGAGCUAGCCACAGUUAAGAGGCCUCAGGAGCGAGCCUAUGCUCUCCAGCAGUGGCAGGAGUCGGGCGGCGUUAUGAUCAUAGGUUAUGAGAUGUACAGAAAUCUGACGCAGGGACGAAACAUCAAGAGCAAGAAGCUAAAAGAGAUAUUUCAGAAAACGCUUGUGGAUCCAGGUCCAGACUUGGUGGUCUGCGAUGAAGGCCACAUUUUGAAGAAUGAGGCUUCCGCCGUCUCCAAAGCAAUGAACUCCAUCAGGACGAGGAGGAGGAUUGUCCUGACUGGAACCCCUCUGCAAAACAACCUCAUUGAAUACCACUGCAUGGUGAACUUUAUCAAGGAAAACUUGCUCGGGUCGGUCAAGGAGUUCAGAAACCGCUUCAUUAACCCCAUUCAGAAUGGCCAGUGUGCCGACUCGACGCUGCAUGACGUCCGGAUUAUGAAGAAGAGGGCGCACAUCCUCUACGAGAUGCUGGCCGGCUGCGUUCAGAGAAAAGAUUACUCAGCGCUCACCAAGUUCCUGCCUCCCAAAUACGAGUAUGUGCUGUCGAUCAGAAUGACCCCGCUCCAGUGCAAACUCUACAGACAUUACCUGGAGCACUUCACAGGUGUGGGGAAUGCUCUGGAAGGGGGCCGGGGCCGAGCGGGAACCAAACUCUUCCAGGAUUUCCAGAUGCUCAGCAGGAUCUGGACCCAUCCCUGGUGCCUUCAGCUGGACUACAUCAGUAAAGAAAACAGGGGCUACUUCGAUGAAGACAGUAUGGAUGAAUUCAUCGCUUCAGAAACUGAGGAAUCCUCCAUGAGUCUGACCUCAGAGGAUGAGAAGGCGAAAAAGAAAAAGAAGCAGGGAAAAGGGAGGAAGAAGGGCUCUGACGACUCGGACAGUGACGAGGUGGAGGUCAUCAAGGAGUGGAACAGCAGCUCUCGUGGCAGGAACGGAGAAGGUCGAAGUCAACCUGAGCCUGUUGAAGAACCCCGGGCAGCCAACUCUACGCCAGGGAGUCCCUGCUCUGCCGACUGGUACAAGGAGUUUGUGACAGAAGCUGACUCUGAAAUCCUGGAGCACUCAGGAAAGAUGAUGCUGCUCUUUGAGAUCCUGCGCAUGGCUGAGGAAGUAGAAGAUAAAGUGUUGGUGUUCAGUCAGUCGCUCAUCUCUCUGGACCUGAUAGAAGAUUUUCUAGAACUUUCCUGCAGAACAGAUGAGGACGCAAAACUUUCUCCUUACAAAGGUGAAGGAAAAUGGUUCAGGAACAUCGACUAUUACCGCCUCGAUGGCUCCACCAACGCCCCCACCAGGAAGAAGUGGGCCGAGGACUUUAAUGACACCAGUAACACAAGGGGGCGUUUGUUCCUUAUAUCCACCCGAGCCGGUUCUCUCGGCAUCAACCUGGUGGCCGCCAACCGGGUCAUCAUUUUUGAUGCCUCCUGGAAUCCCUCGUACGACAUCCAGAGUAUCUUCAGGGUGUAUCGCUUUGGCCAGGUCAAACCCGUCUACGUCUACAGGUUUCUUGCGCAGGGCACAAUGGAGGAGAAGAUUUAUGAGCGGCAAGUGACCAAGCAGUCUCUGUCGUACCGAGUUGUGGAUCAGCAGCAGAUCGAGAGACACUUCACGAUGAACGAGCUGGCUGAGCUCUACACCUUUGAGCCGGACAUGCUGGAUGAUCCUUCAGAGAAGAAGAGCAAGAGAGCAACUCCGAUGCUUCCAAAGGAUCUGUUCCUCGCCGAGAUGCUGCAGAACAGCAAGGACCAGCUCGUGUGUUACCACGAACAUGACUCCCUGCUGGACCACAAGGAGGAGGAAGCCCUCAGCGAGGAGGACCGCAAGGCGGCUUGGGCCGAGUACGAAGCAGAGAAGAAGGGCCUGUCGAUGAGGACCAACUACGCUUCGAACUACGCUCAGCCAGACAUGGGCACAUCUAACUACUUCUCCUUCAAUAUGGCAGCUUUGGCCACCAUGACCAACCAGCAGCUGGAGGACCUCAUAAACCAGGGACGGCAGAAAGUCAUUGAAGCAACAAACGCUUUGAAAGCCUUAGCUCGGGAGUCGAUGGAAGACAUCAUUGCCAGAAUAUGGAAGGACAACCCAACGCUCACAGAGAGCCAGGUCCAGGCGCUCUCGCUGAGGCACCAAGCCACUGUGGAGAUGGAGCUCAAGCGCAGGGAAGGCAUUUACAGAGAGGUCCUCAACAGGCAGCAAACGCUGAUGGUGUAUGUUCAGAAGCUGAUCACCAACAGGAAGGUGCAGGAGCAGCAGCUGGCCAUGGCCAACCAGGCCACUUACCUGAACCAGCUGGCCCUGCAGAACGGCAUGAUGGCAGGCGGGAUGAGCCAAAUGAACCUGCUCGGGCUUUACCAGCGCCUCCACGGCAUGGGCGGCAAUCAAGGCGGCGGCAAGAACCCGGGCCCCUCACAGGGCAUGUAGGGUCAGCUCGGGCCCUCUUUCAUCCCACUAGUGGACAAUCUGGUUCCCAGCAGCCCCCCCUGCUGUCUGACAAACUCGCUGUGAGACCGCUCAAGAGUUCAAACGUAACCCAGCAGAGACUGCUGUCUGCUGGGGCCUCUGAUUGAAUAGUGUUGUGCUGUGAUUCACUGAGAGACAGUAAAUAUAAUGUAUACAUGACUGUGUUAAAGGUUUGUCCAGAAGGUUGACGGGAAAAAAAAAAAAAUGUAUAUACCACCUUUAUGUUAUUCAAGAUCUGUAGAAUCACUUUUCAUGUAUUUAACAAAACAAACCUGUUUUAUCCCCCCCCAAUGCUUUUUAGCAUUGUAUUGUUUUCCCCUUCAAAAAGGGUUUCCUUGUUAUUUAAACUCAGUUUUUUAUACGGUUUUAAAUGCCUACCAACAUCCGAGUGGGACCACAACCAUUGGUUACAGAACUACAGGACAAGAUAAGCUCUGAUUAUUAGUGAUUCCUCAUCAAAUAUCUAACAAACUAGAACAGCUGUUGGUGCUGCAAAGUCCUGCUUAUUUCAGGAGGUAGAAGAACCUAAAAACAUCAACAAUAAGAAGAAAAAAAUGGCCUUAUAUAAUUUCCUAAAAAAAAAAAAAAAAAAGAAUCUCUGUAAAAACUUGAGAUUUGUUGUGAAUAUUUUCUAUUCUGCUUUUAAGUGUUUACAUUAGUUGUGGCUGAAAACGUUAAUGGAAUGCUUGUGUCGUCCAGAACUGCCUGCUGGCUUCGAUCUUUUUGUAACAUCAUUCUUAUUGUUACGUGUUGCUUAGCAUAGCAUUGUGUGUUACUGCUCAUUCAUUUACUUGUUUGUUUGUUUUUGUUUUUGUUUUGUUUUUUGUUCAUUUGUUUCACUUGUGUUGAUUUUUUUCCCCCAGUUGGGUGGGUUUGCAGGGCCUUGCGAAGCUCGGGGCCUCUUCAGCUGGGUGUCACAGGGCCCAAACUUUGCUCCGAAUCUGUCUUUGACAUUUCGAAAUAUUCCUUUCAGAAUGGACUGGACAGGAGGAGCGAACGACUGGAAUUCUUAUUAUACGCGGUUGAUUUCGUCCGGUGCUUUGUGAGUAAUGCUCUCCUGGACGCUGAAGUUUCACCAGGCAGGGUCCCCGGACGACUUGUAUUCUACUUUGGCACAUUCUUUCUUCUAAGAGCUUAAACCGGUGUCGCCAUUUAGUAAAAAAGAAGGUGGACUGUUCUCACCAAGAGUUGACUUCUAUGUUUUGCACAAGCUGUGUUUUCUAAAUGUAGAAUAAGUUACUUCGCCCAUUAUCGAAGAAUGAUCUUGCGUUAGCGGAUACAUCAAUGUGUUUUGCCAUUAACGAACUGCUAUAAUCUUCAUAAGUAUUUAAUAUAACAUUUAAUAAAGUGACCAAAACAAUGAA